AUGUCCGUCAGAAGAGGCCCCUUGUGCCUAGCCUCUGAAAGGAACAACAAUCGACCAUUACAGUUGGAGAAAUUCCACUUUAUGGUGAAGGAAGGUAUAGUUUUCGGCUAUCGCAUCUCGAAGAAGGGGAUAGAGGUUGGUCCAGCUGAAGCAAAAGUGAUAGAGAGGUUUCAUUCACCCAUCUCUGUAAAAGGUGUGAGAUGUUUUCUUGGACAUAAAGCAUUUGAAGAGGUGAAGGAGAAGCUGGUGUUCGUGCCCGUUAUUAUUUCACCAAAUUGGAGUGAGCCAUUUGAGGUGAUAUGUGAUUCUAGUGGGAUUUCACUUGGUGUGGGUGAUAGUGCAACAGACAACUUUUCUUUGAGGUACUUGAUGGAAAAGAUUAAUACGAAACAGAGGUUGAUCAGAUGGGUGUUAUUAUUGCAAAAGUUUGAUUUUGAGGUAAAAUAUAGAAAGGGAACUGAGAAUCAAGCUGUAGAUCACUUGUCUAGUGUAGAGGAUGAAGCUAUGCCUGAAUUGGGAGAGAAAGCUGAAUUGAUGAUGCAUUCCAAGAUGAACAUGUAUUGGCUGCUUCCCUAG